GUACCCUAUAUCAACUAAAGGAAGCUUUUUGAUAAAGUAUUGGUAAGUAGUAUAAUAAAAUCUAGUAGCAGCUUCUAUGAUUUUUUUAUUAUAUUCUUAUUUGUGUAUUUAUGUUUCAUUCUAUUGUAGGAGUAUUUCAAAGUUGAGGGUCGAGAGCAAGAGGUUUGGCGACAAAUAUAAUGGGUAGUUCUUACUUGAAUUAUCGUGACUCCCUAAAGAAAAAGUGGUUUAAGCCAUAUGGUGAAGUAACAGAAGAGGCACGAGCAAAUGUUCCACUCGGACUAGAGAAGGAUGAUUGGAAUUGUCUCGUCGAUUUGUGGAGCAAGCAAGAUUAUAUGGACAUGUGUUUGAAAAACAAGGAAAAUCGAGACAAAAACAAUAUUAUCCACACUUCUGGUUCAAAAAGUUUCCAACAACGUAGUGCGCAAGAGAAAGAGAAGACAGGUCAUAGCCCUAGUAGAAUUGAAUUAUUUGACAUCACCCAUGUGCAAGCUAAUGGGCAGGCAGUAAAUGAACCAACACAAGAUGCAUUGGUGGCAUUGAGGAAUCUUUCUACUCAAGUGAAUGAGGGGGCAUUGCAAAUAUCUCAAGAUCAAAUGUUUGUGGAGGUGUUUGGACUUGAGCAUCAUGGACGAGUUCGUGGCUAUGGGGCUGGAGUCACUCCUACCAUGUUAUGGGGUUCCUCCUCAUCUAGAAUGUAUGAUCUUGAGAAGCAACUCCAAGAAUUUGAACAAAAAUGCUUAGAAUCUAAACAGAAACGCUUAGAAUCUGAACAAAAACGCUUAGAAUUUGAACACAAACGAAUAGAGGCUGAUGCAGAGUUGAAAGAAGAAGUAAAGCACCUCAAAAGCAUGCUCAAACAACAAGCUAUUCAAAUGGCAGAACAAAGAAGACAUUUUGAGGAACAACAAGCUAGUCAAAUGGCAACACAAAGAGCACAUUAUGACAAUAUGAUGAUGCAAAUGUUGAGUUGUAUCACCUCACAAUCAGCCUAAUCUAGUAGUGAUCACUAAGGUAUGAAGAUCAUCUCAAGCUAGUCACUGUUUUAGUACUAUUGGAUAAAUUUGGAAUGACUUGUUGAGCUGUUGGUACUAGUUUGCUUUUGCAAUCCUUAUCUUGAAAAAUCUUUGAAAAUAUCCUUGGUCCCAAAUUCAUAUGUUGUCUCGGUAAUUGGUGUGGCUCUCCGGAAACUGGGAUCUAACUUUAUUUGUAACUGAAAAAUGAUAACUCAAAUGUAACUAAAAAACUUGGUGUCUAGCUGUGAAUAGAUUGAAAUGCAUAUUUUAUUGAUAA